AUUAGGGUGGGUGGGUCUUCUUUUUAAUUUUUUAAUUCAUAUUUACCACAGUCUCCUCUUUCUACCUUUGCUUGUCUUAUUUAUCAUUAUAAGUAACUUUCUCUAACAGAAAUCGUAAAAGAAAUUCAUUUACGUUAACAGUGGUAAGUGUGGUAAAAUCAUAAGUAAUUAUUUUCAUAGACUAUUUAUGUAUCGAAUAAAAUUAGAUCAUCUUAUUAAAAUCAAAUAAUUUAGUUAUCUACAAAUUUUCGACUCGCACUGUAAAAUAGGUAUCACAAUUUGAAUUUAAAGUACAUGUGGAUCUAAAUAACAUGGAAAAUUCGAUUAAAAUGGAGUAUAUAACAAUUUUAAGUUAUUAAAAAAAAAAUGAAAAUUAUUUUUAAUAUAAUGACUAACAAAAUGAAUAAUAAAUUAAAUAUAAACUCAGGAGUAAGUGAAUAAAACGGAACAUGCAGCUUUUAAUUGUUUAAAAAGCGUUGUUUAUCUUUAUUGCUUUAUUUAGCAACUAACGUUAAAAAACUAAUAAGCUGUGAACGUAAAAAUUAAACAUAAAUCGGAGAAAAGACAUACAACAGAUAACUAUUUUCAGGACAACUGUAUACCAAGAAGAAUGAAUUUAAUAGUUGGCUUUUUUCACACAAUCUGUCAGAAUAAGAAAAGUAUUGAUUUUCAACCAUUUAAAGUAGAAACCAAUCAUUAGAACUCCACACUGCACGUGCUCCAUAAUUAUAAUUAUAAAGUGCUCAACAUGUUAUUACACACUGUGUGGUAUAUUUAUUGCUUCAUACGUUGUCUCUUAAACAACAGUCAUACCCUAAUUCGUAAUUACAAUGUUCAAGAAAAAAUACUGAAAAUAUGUUUUUUAUUUCCAUUUUUAACUUACUGAACACACCAUAUUCUUUUACCAGUGUUUUUAUUAAUACUUAUGACUUGCUCUUGAUUAGGAAAAAAUAUAUAUAAAAGGUUUAUGUUACAACUGAGCUUAUGACGGAACCUUCAAAAAUUUUAUCCCAAAUAUAUUAAUUAAAAAAUUUAAAAAAAGCGUCGUGUAGGUAUAAACGUACAGGUAAAUAAUGAACGAUUUAUAAAAUUGGGUAAGUACGAGGUUCAAAGCAUCAGAAGAAUCAAUAAAAUAUGCGCGGGUAAAGCAACGUCAGAUCGAUAAGAUAAAGGCUUCAUAUGAUUGGCUGAAAGAAAUCAAUAGAGGUAGACCAAUUCUAUCGAUUUUUGGGAAGUCCCCUCAACCCUCAUUCAGUCAUUCUACGAUAUAUUGUUCGGUGCAGGGUAGUGUUGUGCUUGUCAUCUAACCUUUGUGAAAUUAGAGUUCGACAUAGUUUUGUUAUUAAAUAAAGGUGUCAAUGGCUGCCCUAACAGAAAAUUACCAGCUAAAAUGGCACUCUUUUGGAUCCCACCUUCACUCCAGUGUAGCUUUGUCUUUAAGCAAUUCAAGUUUUACCGAUGUAUGCCUCUCCACAUUUGAUGGGCAUCAGAUAUUAGCCCAUAGGUUUAUUUUAUCGGCUUGCAGUCAAUAUCUCCAUCAAGUUCUGAAAAUUCAAUCUAAAGUUAGCACAACUCUUCCCCUAUUUAUAAUUCUUCCACCAGAAAUAAAUUACAAAACUAUGAAAGUCCUCAUACAGUACAUGUACAGCGGAGAAACGACUGUUUCAAAAGACAUAUUGGAAAACGUGUUAAAAGGAGGCGAUUUAUUAAAAGUACGAGGUCUUUGGAGACCCCCCGAAAAGGAAGAAUCGGAAAAAACAAAUAAAAAUGAAGAAAAGAGGUCCCUUGUCCAGUAUUCUAUACCGGUACCAAAAUUAGUGCAUUUUGACAAAAAAAGUUCAGAAGUUACCCCACUACUUGUAAACACCACAAGCAAUCUCCCGAAAAAUGAUGACGAUAAUACUAGAGAAAGCAAAAAGUUGCAAACUUCGGUAUCUUCUGUAAAGUCUAGCGAAACCAAUGAUGUUGCAACGAAAACAAGAAUAACAUCCACAAAAGAAAAUCCACGUUCAACGAAACUCCCUUCUUCAGAAAUUAAAACAGUUUCGUCAGCCAAACCCAAAGAUUCUUCCAAAAAUUCUUCAGGAAACCUAGAAUUUUUUGUUAUUAAAGAAGAACCGAUAGAAUGGAACGAUAUUCAAGGAAGUGAAAUGGAAAUGGUAGAAGAAAAUAAUUUCUAUGAAAAUGAAAUGACCAUAAAACCAGAAAUUAUCGUAGAAGACAACAGUAACGCCAGCAAAUCAGAAGAGUUAUACACUCCACUCACUUGCGAAUUAUGUUCAGAGUCCUUUGCUCAUCCAGGUGACUGGGUGAAGCAUAUACAAACUCAUACUGACAUGCUUCCUGCUAAAAGGCAAAGAAGAGGACGAUCAUAUGUGGAGGAUGAAAACAAUUCGUUUCCUCCACUACAUUGUGACCUCUGUCGUGAGUACUUUUCUACCCCUGCAGAAUGGGUUCGUCACAUUGAAAACAGUCACACCGAAUUCGAACUUCGAAUGUCCAAUACAAACGACGGUAAACCCAUGAAAGUAAAACCCAUUCCAGAUGGACACAAAAUUUGCAUCGCGUGUAACAAAAAAUUCCCCUCACAUGCUUCGAUGCUUAUUCAUAAGAGGACUCACACAGGGGAAAAACCGUUUAUGUGUGAAUAUUGUCAGAAAGGAUUCAACGUAAAAAGCAAUCUAUUGAGGCACCUUCGAACACUACAUGAUAAAAUUAUCAACUCUACCGAAGUCGAUCAAAAAGAAAACGUUACCUCAGAUGGAGACAAUGACAAAAAGUGUUCUGGUGAAAGUUCUGGAAGUGCUUAGAAAUAUAAGUCAUAGUCUCUAAUUUCAAAGACUCUGUACAAAUAAGUUGAGAGUAUAUUUUGUCGUACUUCAUACCAAUUUUUAACGAAUUAGUUAAUGAGCCUUAUCCAUAUGCGUCAAAAUUUUACUUUAAUAUUAGUUAUUAAUAAAUAACUUUUUCAUUUAGAAUAAAAGUUUAUUUAAAUAUGUUUGAUGGCUCCUAUUCGCACCUAAUUCGUUAAAGUUACACAUAUAUGUAAAUGGUUGUCCUACACAGACACGCCAAAUAUUCUUUCUUAUUAAUAACAAAAAAAAAAUUAUAUUUAAAAAACUUUGCUCAAGGAAUAGUUUUCUCAUUUUAAUA